AUGAGAUUCGCUAAAGCUUCGAUCGCCUCUUUGGCUUUCGCUUCCGUCGCCUCUGCCCUUCCGGCUUACAACAAGAGAGACGAAGACUGUUCCUCCACUCAGGUGCAUGUUCACCACAAACACAAGAGAGAAGUCGUCUAUGAGUACGCCUACGUCACUGUGACUGUUAACGGCGCUGGCUCUAUCCAAGGCUCUCCAUCUACUGCUGUUGAGGAGCCAACCUCCUCUACUGAGGCCGAGACCACUUCCUCCUCCGUUAUUACUUCCUCUUCCUUCUCCACCGAGACUCCUUCCUCCAGCCCAGCCUCCUCCACAGGUGCUUCCACUCUGUCGUCUGGCUCCACUCCAACUGGUGGUGACCACGGUAUCUGGGGUGACCUUGGUGACUACCAAGGCCCAUACAACGAAUUCCAGGAUGGUGUCCAUUCCUGUGACCUGUUCCCAGUUGGUGAUGGUGUCAUUUCCCUCAGCCACUUGGGCUUCGGUGGCUGGUCUGGUAUCUACAACAGUGAUACUUCUACUGGCGGUAAGUGUCAGGAGGGUUCUUACUGUUCCUACGCUUGUCAGUCUGGUAUGUCCAAGACUCAAUGGCCUUCUAACCAGCCUUCUAACGGUGUUUCCGUUGGUGGUUUGUUGUGUAAGAACGGCAAGUUGUACCGUACCAACAAGGACACCCAGUACUUGUGUGAAUGGGGAAAAGACACUGCCAUUGUUGAGAACAAGUUGGGCCAGGUUGUUUCUGUUUGCAGAACCGACUACCCAGGUACUGAGAACAUGGUUAUUCCUACUGUCGCUAACCCAGGCAAGUCUAUUGCUUUGACCACUGUCGACUCCGACACUUACUACACCUGGAAGGGCUUGCCUACCUCUGCUCAAUACUACGUCAACGACGCUGGUGUUGGCUACCAGGAUGGUUGUUUGUGGGGAAGUGCCGGCUCUGGUGUCGGUAACUGGGCUCCAUUGAACUUCGGUGCUGGUUGGACGAAUGGUAUUGCUUACCUUUCGUUGAUUCCAAACCCUAACAAUAGAGAUGCUACAAACUACAGAGUCAAGAUCGUCGCCGACGGCAACUCCGUUGUCAACGGUGAGUGUGUCUACGAGAACGGUAAAUACAACGGUAACGGCCACGAUGGUUGUACUGUUGCUGUCACUUCCGGCCGUGCCAAGUUUGUAUUCUACUGA